AUGGCUUCCAACAACCUUUUGGGUGCAGGUCCUCAUAUGUUUACAGGGGAGAAUUAUCACACAUGGAUGAUAAAAAUGAAGGCUUAUCUCAAAGCUCUUAGUUUAUGGGAAACAAUUGAAAGUGAAGCUGAUCCUCCUCCACUUGGACCAAAUCCAACUGUUGCGCAGAUGAAGAUUUAUGAAGAUCUGAAGUCAAGGAAACCAAAGGCUCUGACAUGUCUUCAUUCAGCACUCUCAGAAGUGAUUUUCACAAGAAUAAUGGCUUGUGAGACACCUAAAGAAGCAUGGGAGAAGCUAAAAAAGGAGUUCGACGGAAGAGACAGAGUGAAGACUGUCAAACUCCUAACUCUCAAAAGAGAAUUUGAGAUGUUAAGGAUAAAGGAAGGAGAUACUGUGAAAGACUACUCUGCCAAACUUUUGGAGAUUGUAAAUAAAAUCAGAUUGUUUGGUGAAGUCUUUCCAAAUUCAAAGGCGGUGGAGAAGAUGAUGAUAAGCUUACUAGUAAGGUUUGAGUCCAAGAUUUCAGCAAAAGAGGAAUCAUGUGAUUUGAAGACUUUAUCAGUAGCAGAACUGAUCAGCAAGUUGCAAGCCCAAGAACUAAAAUAA